AUGACAAAUGAGCGGCUUUCUUGCUUAUCAACAUUGGCAAUCGAAAAACAACUGCUUGGAGUCAUGGUAAAAGAUCCUAUUUUUGUUGAAGAUGUGAUAAAUGAAUUCGCAAAAAAAAAAGAACGAAGGUUUGAAAUGAGAUAUCUUACUGGAAAAAAUAUUUUACGAAGAGUUGUAGCCGUUAUAAAAUCAUUAUCAUCGCGUGGAUUUCCAUUUAGAGGUCAAAAUGAAGUUAUUGGUUCAGUCCACAAUGGAAAUUUUUUAAUGGCAAUUGAACUUGUGGCACAAUUUGAUCCAUUUUUAGCUCAACAUAUUGCACGAUAUGGAAAUCCGGGCAGUGGUCAUACAUCGUAUUUAUCAUCCACAAUUUAUGAAGAUAUUAUGCAACUUAUGGCAAAUAAAAUAAUCCAUACAAUUGUUGAUCAGAUUAAAAAAUGUAAAUAUUUUUCAUUAAUUAUUGAUUCCACACCUGAUAUAACACAUAUAGAUCAACUGUCUUUUAUUGUACGAUAUGUGUAUGAAGGUAUUCCUGUUGAGCGUUUCAUUCAAUUUAUACCUAGUUGUGGACCUAAAGCUAACGAUAUGAAAAAAGCCGUUUUAGAUACGUUAGAAAGCCUUGAUAUUAGUAUAAAUGAUUGCAGAGGCCAGGCUUACGAUACUGCUAAUAAUAUGUCUGGACGUUAUAACGGAUUUACAGGAACUCGAUGGUCAUCAAGAGACGAUGCUUGUGUGAGUUUAAAUGAUUCGUGGGAUGAGAUAUUAAAAACUUUAAGUUUACUUGAAAAUGACAAUAGUGAACUAGCUGAAACUCGAAACGAAGCCUCUGGAUUGCGCAAGAAGUUUGAAAAACUCGAGACAACGUUUAUGGCUAUAUUUUGGGGAUUUAUAUUAAACAGACUAAAUGUUGUAAGUAAAAAACUUCAAAGUGUUGAAAUAGAUAUUACAGUAGUUUUGGAGUUGUACGAUUCACUAAUAAAUUUAGUAUUAUCUCAGAGAGAUAAUUUUGAUGAAUUUGAGAAAAAGGCGAUUUUACGAGCUCAAAUCAAAGAAUAUAAAACAACAAUUUUAAGAAAAAAGAAAAGAACAAUUCCAUAUGAUGAAUCAAGACAAGAUGAUGUUCAGUUAACAGGAAGAAAUCAUUUUAGAAUCAAUACAUAUUUAACAAUAAUAGAUAAAUUAAAUAAUGAGCUUCAAAAAUGA